GAGAGCCUCGGCGGAGGGAAGCGCACGCGCUGCGUGGCUCAGACUGUCCGGUGGUGUUCAGUCGCACGCGGGGGGAGAGCGCGCGGAUUACCGGUGUGAGUGAGUGAGUGAGUGAGUGAAGUGCGGCAGGCGGAGAGAGAGAGAGAGAGAGAGAGAGAGCGACGUGCGGAGCGGUGACAGGCACACACCACCGGGACCCGGGAGUGCGGAGGAACUCUGAUCACACACACACACACACACACACACGCGCCACCUCACCGUGACAAGGAGGCUCACCGAGGUUUUCUCUGCGUCUAAGGACGACAACAAGCAAUGGAGCACGCUUUCUUACUGAAAUACUACGCGACUGAGCGUAACAGAAUCCGAGUCAUGAGGAUGUAAAUAGCUUUUCCUGAAGGAAGUAUUAAAGGUUGCGAUGACAUUCUGCACCUGAGGCAAAAAUGGCCAAGCCUUUCUACAGACUUCAGCGCUUCUUGCGGCGGACUCAGUUGUUUUUCCUCUUCCUGGGCGUGGCCUACAUCAUGGCAGGUAGUGUCCUGUUGCUGCAGAGAUCAGGACUGGUGGUUUCUCAGCGAGGUAGCCUGCUCCCUCCACCCUCGCUGCCUUCACCCCCACGAGCACUCGAGGCUCCUGCUCUCAGGACCGGGCAUGGCAUGGUGGCUUCACGGUUGGGUAGAAAAACCUACCAGGUUGGUGAGCCAGAUGAUGGCAGAGAAGCACAAUGGCUCGUAACACGUAACCAAGAGAUCCGGCAUCUUCGGCGGCGUUGGUUCCAUAGCCUGAUGUCCGAACAGGAGGCGAACAGGGUUGAGCGGGUGACUCCGAAGAGGAAAGUCAGGCACAAAGGAACCUACAUCGGAUGUUUUAUGGACGAUGCUAAGGACCGAACCCUGAAGGGAAUGGUGUUCUACGAUUUCCGCAAAAUGACCAGCACUCUAUGUCAAGACACAUGCACAGAGAGCGGGUACCAGUACGCAGGCCUGGAGUACGGGUCCGAGUGUUACUGCGGCAACCGCAUCGCUGGAGCUCGGAUGAAAGAAGAGGAGUGUAACCUGGACUGUAAAGGAGAGAAAGGGUCUCUCUGUGGGGGCGUGGCCCGGCUGUCUGUCUACAAAGUGGAGGAGGUUCUUCCUGGCCAGAGGAAAUACAGGAACGUCCGCUAUCGUGGCUGCUUCCGAAGACCCGACAACACGACCGCGGCGUCUCUGAUCCGCGCGGUUCAGCCCAACCUCACGUCCCAGAUGUGCAUCGAGGCCUGCAUGGACAAGGAGUUUCCGUUAGCCAUGCUGAGCGUUCCGGAGUGUUUCUGCGGCUAUGCUACUCCACAUUUCUCCCUCCAUGAUCCAGUGAUCGAAGAACACUGUGCUCCGAACAACAGCAGCUUGGCAACUGAAAAACCACGCCCGUACUUCCUGCAGGUCUAUCAGACGCCCGUGCAGGACUCCAGAUGCACAGAGCGAAGAUUCCUGCCGGAAAAAUCCAGCCACCUGGUGGCUUUGUCCAGUUUUCCUGGAGCAGGUAACACCUGGGUGAGACACCUGAUUGAGCUCGCUACCGGAUAUUACACAGGCAGCUACUACUUCGAUGGCACACUUUAUAACAGAGGCUUCAAGGGUGAGAAGGAUUACUGGAAAAGCGGACGCACCAUCUGCGUGAAGACGCACGAGAGCGGCAAGCGCGACAUCGACAUGUACGACUCGGCCAUCUUGCUGAUCAGAAACCCGUACCGCUCUCUCAUGGCCGAGUUCAAUCGCAAAUGCGCAGGACAUCUCGGCUACGCCUCGGACCAGCACUGGAAGAGCAAAGAAUGGCCCGAGUUUGUAGGCAGUUACGCGUCCUGGUGGGCAUCUCACGUUCUGGACUGGCUCCGAUUCGGCCACAAGCUGCUGGUGCUUCAUUAUGAAGAGCUGCAGGAGUCGCUGGUGCCCAGACUUCGCUCUGUUAUCUCCUUUCUCAACAUCAGCACCAGCGAGGAACGCCUGCUUUGCGCCGAAACCAACAAGGAUGGCCAUUUCAAACGCUCCGGCGCUCGCCGGCCCACUUUUGACCCCUUUACCCCAGACAUGAGACGAUUGAUUGACAGUUAUAUUAAGGUGGUGGAUCAGGCACUCAGAGACAGCAACCACAGCGGGCUGCCUCAGGAGUACACACCAAGAUGAUGGGGGUUAUAAACAUGUUUAGUUUUCCUUCACCAUUUAAAUUAAGGGCUUUAUUCAAGAGAAAUGUUGGUUCUGUUCUUGGAGCUUCAUCAGGAUUUGACAUUUCUUUUGCAGUUUAAAGCAUCAGCACUUCGCAGAACUCCAUCAUGCUUAAUGUUGCGGUAAAGAUUAAUUAAAGAUUCGAUAUCACAAGAUUCUCCUUAUCAUUAAAAGGGAAAAGGUUGACUUGCUAAACCAAGUGAAAACUGAUGUUUAGAAUGUGGAUGCCAUUUUCUAAAGGUUAAUUUAAUCAACUUUGCUUAGUCUCCAAAUUGUUUUCAGUGUAAUUAGAUAAU